UCAGUCCCUGUGGUUGAUCUAAAUCUGUCAGAGCCGGUAGAGGGUGGGGGCGGGUGGCUCUAUCUACAACCAUAGCCCCAACCAGGCAAAGGGCAAGACAGUGACCACCUUAACUUGGUCUCUGUCUGUCUCCCCAGCUUCAUCCACUAGGACGGAAGCCAGCUCUCUGGAUCACCUCGCAAUCACUUGGAAAAGUUUUUGACUCCUGGAACCAAAAAGGGGGAAAUGCAGAUUUAAGUAAUGAGACUGGAAAAAGAGGUGUAGUGUUACCAGUGGGCUCGGGUUUUCCACAUAUCCUCAGCACCAGCCGUGCACAUGACGUUGCUGGAUUGGAAUUAAACACUGGGAUUAAAUCGUGCAAAGGAGUUGAGGAUCUACCAUAAAUAUUUCUUUUUCAUGGCAACUUAAUCUGCACAAAGGAUUUAUUAUUGGAAUUUUAUUUUGAAACAAUGACCGAUAUGGUUGAAGCACGGUCAGCGACCACCACCACCACCAUGGUCGUCGAAGGUAAGAACGGAGACGCUGGGGCGCUGUCUGCACGAGGACACAAGAAAAGUUUUUUAGAUGACCUCCACUCCACCUUCAGCUCCCCACUGGCCUGGAUCUUGGUUCUGGCUCUCAUCAUUACAUGGUCUUGUGUUUUUAUCAUCAUGUUUGACCUGAUGGACUACAAGACGGUGUCAGGUCGACCUCCUCUCGUCAGGAAGGUUUUAAAGGAUUCAGGCCGUAGAGGAGGCCUCAGCAAGAUCAGCUCAGACCCCGUGAAGGCGGUGAACGUUGCCAUGGAGGAAUCAUCUAACAUGAUUAGUGCGAUGUUUAAAUUUGCCGCCAAGCUGGUUGCUCCAGAAGACGAUGAAGGAACGCUAUACGCAGUGAGGAAAAAAGGAGAAUUUCUACCCUCCAGAAGUAAAGGUAUGUGCCUAUUGUUAGAUAGCUUAUGACUAGAAGAACAGGGAAACUUCUCAGAGGGGGAGGAGGAGGAGGACGAGUAUGCAGAAGAGGAGGAAGAUGAGGAGGAUGAGGAAUAUGAGGAGUAUGAAGAGGAGGAGUAUGAUGAGGCAUAUCAGAAAUAUUAUGAGGAGGAGGAGGAGGAGGAAGCUGAAGGAGAGGAGGAAGAAGGAGUGGAGGAGGAGGAGGAAGAGGAGGAAGAGGAGGAGGAGGAGGAGGAGGAGGAGGAGGAGGAGGAGGAGGAGGAGGGGGGAGCAGAAGCUGUGGAAGAGGAGGAGGAGGAAGAAGAGGAGGAGGGGGAGGAGGCGGAGGAGGAGGAGGAGGAAGAGGAGGAGGAGGAGGAGGAGGAGGAGGAGGAGGAGGAGGAGGAGGAGGAGGAAGAGGGAGCAGAAGCUGUGGAAGAGGAGCAGGAGGAAGAAGAGGAGGAGGGGGAGGAGGAGGAGGAGGAGGAGGAGGAGGAAGGAGUGGAUGAGGAAGAGGAAGAAGAGGAGGAGGAGGAGGCCGCGAAGGAGGAGGAGGAGGAGGAGGAAGAGGAGGAGGGGGAGGGGGCAGAAGCUGUGGACGAGGAGGAGGAGGAGGAGGAGGAGGAGGAGGGGGCAGAGGAGGCAGAAGGGGAAGAGGGGCCCAGAGAGGAAGAGGGAGUGGAAGCAGCUGCUGAUGAAGAGGAGGGUGAGAUGAAGGCAGAGGAGGAGGAAGAGGACGUGGAGGUAGCUGCUGAAGAAGAGCAAGAUGAGGAUGAAGACGAAGAAGAUGAGAAGGAACCUGAAGCAGCUGCAGCUGAGAUUGAUGAAGAUGAAGAUGAAGUGAAAGAGGAAGCAGCAGAAGAGGAUGAGAAAGAUGAUGAUGAGGAGGAUGAGGAGGAGGAAGAAGAGAAGGCAGAUGCUGCUGAUGAAGAUGAUGUGGAAGAGUCUGAACCUGCAGCUGCUGAUGCUGAGGAUGAGGAUGAGGAUGAGGAAGUUUCUCCUAAACCUAUCUCCACUUCUGAGGAUGAAGAGUCAGCAGUGUCCCCUGAUUCUGAGUCUGAAGUACCAGUUGACAUCAAAGACAGUGACGAAGAUGUGUCCCUGCCCGAUGAUGAUGACGAAAAAGAUGAAGAUGAUGAAGAUGAUGAAGACGACGAAGACGACACCAGCGCCGAAGCAUACACUGAUACCUCAGAUGUCAGUGAAUCUGCACUUCUCCCCAGUGAUGAGGAGGAGGAGGAAGAGAAGGACGAUGAUGACGAUGAAGAUGAUAGAUUAGCUGAGGGUGUUGCAACAUCUGAUAGCGAUGACAUCAUUGCAGAAGACAGUGAUGAAGACCUGGAUCUUGAUCUCCCUCCUGUUCCUGUUGCCAGUGAGGAUGAUGAAGAUGACGAAGACCUUAAAAUCCCUGAAGAGGAAGAUCUUCCACCUUUGCCCGUUGUCGAGUAUGAUGAUGAUGACGAGGAACACCUGGAAGAAGACAUCAAAGUUGCUGAAGACACUGAUGAAGAUGAUGAUCUGGACCAAUCAGAUGAGGACAUCUCCAUCGCUUCCUCUGAACACUUUGCAGACGAUGAAGAUGAGGAAGACACUGACCUCAAAGACCUUGACCUCGACCUCGACGUCCAUGUUGACCUCGACGAAGAUGAAGAUGACAAACCUGAUGAUGUCAUUGAAGAGGACAUCCAUGACGACGACGACGACGAUAAAGAAGAGGAGGAAGUCGAUAUCCCUCCUUUUGAGAGUACAGACAGCGGAGUCUUAGGUGAUGAAGAUGAAGAUGACGAUGUUGGUCUUAAGACAGAUGAAGAGACUGUCUUCAGUGAUGACAUCUCCUAUGACACAACCGAUGAUGAUGAUGAAAAAGAUGAUGAAGAUAUCGAUACCAGCUCAUAUGAAUUUACCUUCGAACAAGAAGUAGGAAAAGAAACCUUUGUUGAAGCUCUAAAAGAUGAAGAUGAAGAAGAUGAUGAUGAUGAUGAAGUCACAUCAGAGUCGUUAGCUCAUGAGGAUGAGGAUGAGGAAGAAGACGAUGACGAUGAUGUUGAUGACCUCUUGUUAGCAGCUGCAACUGCAGCAGCCUUCACUGUCCAGGAGGAGGCAGUAAAGACUGAGGCAGAUGAACAUGAGGGUGAGGGUGAGGAUGACAUCGAACCGGCUGCUGAUGAAGAUGAAACUGAGGAGGCUGAAACAGAAACAGUUGCUACCAUUCUGCCUGCUGCCCUUGAGGAGGAGGAUGAGGAUGAGGGAGAGGACGAGGAGCCGACGGCUGAACUAAAGAAAACUGUAGAUGAGCCUGAAGAUAAAAAAGAGGAGUACGAUGAAGACGAGGAUGAGGAGAAGGCGACGGUGGAUGUGAUCAAACCUGUGCCUGAACCUGAGGAAGAAGCACCAAAGCCUGAACCCACAGUGUGUCCCUGUAUCCACCCUGCAAAGAUCAAAGAGUCGGUCACCAAAGAGCCGGUCACCAAGACUGCAGAGAAAAAAGAAGCUCCAAGAAGAGUUUCAGCUGUGAGAAGAAGAAAAGAGCGUGAAGCUGUGAAGACGGAGGAAAAGCCAAAAAGGAAAGCAAUGCCCAGAAUUGCAGCUCUGGAGCCGAAAAUCAGGAGGAUUGCGAAAUUUCCUGCUUUUCUCAAAGCCAGGAAAGUGGAAAAGCCUCCCACCAAGACUCCCACUAAGACUCCCAAAAAAGAAAAAGAGACAGAGACCAAAAAACAAGAGGAGGUCCCAGAAUCUGGACAAGAACUCGGCCCUUGCAGACCUGCACCAGUCUACUGCCCGUCUCCACCUGGCUGGUACGUUCAUCACAUUGUCACAGACAACCCGUACCCUCCUCCAACCACUUCAGCUCCCUCUGCUCCUGUUCUGACCGCUCACCCUGUCCAUCCCGGAGCUCCACCUCUGCAGCCUUUUUACCAGCAGCAGCAGAUGCAUCCGCUCUACGCACAGUAUCAACCAUAUCCACCGAUGCAGCCAAUGCCACCAAUGAUGCAGCCUCAACCAGAACCAGCGCAGCCAGUCCCACCAGUUGAACCGGUCCAGACAGAAGUCAAGGAAGAAGAGGCUCCUGUUCAGGCUGAGGUCGUAACUCCAGCUGCUGAGGCUCAGCUGGCUGUAGCUCCAGUCAAGGAACCAGAGACUGUUAAGGAGGAAGUGAAGGCUCCAUCCACAAAGAAAGCUGAAAAGAAGAAAACCAAGGCUGUUGAUUCAGCAAAAGAGCCAGCAGCAGCCAAAGAGAAGACAAAGAAAGAUGCUGCUGUUUCAAAAGACAAACCCAAAGCUAGCACUACAAAGAAAGAACCAACAGCCAAAAAAGAGAAAACCAAAACUCCUGUACCAGCUAAGAAAGAGCCAGCUGUAAAAGAGAAAGCCAAAAGUCCUGCACCAGCUAAGAAAGAGCCAGCUGUAAAAGAGAAACCCAAACCUGCUGCAGCUGCUAAGAAAGAGCCUGCGGCUACACGACAGAAGAGCAAAUCAGCUUCUGAAAAGAAAGAACCAGAACCACGUCCACAGCCGCUCAGAGUGAGACCGAGGCUAGAAACUAUGAGGAGGGCGAAUGUAACCUCCCAUGCAAAGGAAGAGAAACCUGCCAGAUCUUCGUCUGAACCAGCUAAGGCUAAAUCAAAAUUAUUGGCAGAGCAGAAAAGCAAAGCUGAGAAGGCUGAGAAGAAAUCUGUCAAAGAGGCUGAAGAUAAAGAGAAAAAAACACCACAGCCGAAAGAAUCCCAGACUGAAGAAAACAUUACAGAAAAGAAGAAACCAGGCCAGAGAUACUUCCAGUGCAUUUACGUCCCUGGUAAAAAUGCACAGUACCCCUUGCGACCUUUCACCCCGCCCAUGUCCCCCGCCAUGAUUACCCCUGCAAUCAGGUCCAUGAUGGAGCAGCAGCAGAGAGCAGCAAGGGCGGCGGGACAAUAGGACAACCUGAACUCUCACCUCAUUUCUGAUAGCACUACAUCUCCCAGUCCAGCAGGGGGAGACAUUUUAAAUCUGUGGAAUUCUUAAAUCCUGAGGAAAAAACAGACACAGUUAAGAGUGGACAGAAUGAUUUUGUCUUUAAUUUAUUUAUGUACAUAUUUUCUCUCUAUGUGGUUGAGCUCCUGGGGUUUCUGAUGAUAUUCCCCAUUUUCCUCACAGCUGAUAGUUGUCACCGUCACGCUUUGCUUGUGCCUUACAAUGUCACAAAUCUCCAAUCAAGGAAGCAUUGUAUAAAUAUUCAUAACUAUGUAUAAUGUACAUAAGGAUUAUAUUAGUAAUUUAGGCUGAAAUAAACAUAAACAUCUUUAGCAUGUUGUUUAUAUUAGUUUACUUUUUCAGUCUACUUUAAAAUAAGGUUUCCAUGGUACCAUAUUUUGUUAAAUUUAAUAUUUAUAAUUUAAGGCAUUUGCACUGACAAACAAUUGUUAACAGUAAAAAAGCACAUAUUUAUUCUGUUUUAAAAUAUACAAGAAAAAAACUGAUAAUACUCAAACAAAAUUAUUAAUAAAUACAAUCUGAGGCAGUAUUUUGCAUCAAAUAUUACAAAAAAAUAAAUCAGGAAACUUAAAAAAAAAAAAGCAACAAAAAGAAAAUCUACCAUUUUGUUUUUGGAUUUUGAAUGGGAUUAAAUAUUACUUGAAAGACAUGUCACAUAUUUUUAGUUGUUUUGGUUUUUUUUUUUACUUUGAGAGCCGUUAUCAACAGCUUGCAUCCUCUUGUUUUUAAUCACAGAUUUAAAUCUUGCGUACUGUAACACAACCAGGUGUUUUUUGCUGCUUCGCUUCAUCUGCAACAGAUUAGCAUGCAAAUGAUUGGAGGGUCAAACCCCAGGAGCUCCCACAUUUGAUCCAAGCAGCCUCCUUGUCUCUGAUCGCGAGCCUCAUCAACAUGUUAAAUGUUGCCGAGUGAUUAAUAAAGAUGAGACAUUUUCUUCUCAGAUGACCUGAUAUCAUACAGGAGUGAAGAGGAAGGUGAGCUCAUUAUGUACAACAUGCUUGAUUUAAAUUAAAGGCACAACACUUUAGUUUAAAGAGAUGUUUCGACACGUUUAAUGUAUUUGUUGGAUGUUUUUCAUUCCCAGACACUGACAUGUUUGUAUUAAAAGGUUGCUCAUUUAAAAAUGUUCUUAACUUCAAACAGGUGCAAAUAAGGGCUUGAAGUUUACAAUACAUGGUCCCCUCUUAUAAUACUAAUACUCAUUUAAUGCUUGAAUACUUUUAGUUUUAUAAAAUGCCAUUUAUUUCUAUUUCCCAGUCUUUAAACCUGAAUUGGUCCUUGGUGACAAGCCAGCUUUGUUCUUACGAAUGAAGUGCAGUUGAUGGAAUCAGCUUGUUCAGAGACAGGGAGUCUGCACAGGACGACUUUGAUGUGACCAACUAAUGAGACGCUGUGAUGUCUGCUACAGUGGAUAAAUGUCAUGUUAACCAUCAGCUUAUUAACAAAGCCUGAUACAUUGUCAUAUUUUCAGUUACCUCACUUGCUCUGGUUUUGCACCUUCACAACAACGCUGCCUUGUUGUCGCUGCAAAACUGUUGCUGAGCAUUAUCGGCAAUUUGCUGCUGUCUUACUGAAUGAAAACCUUGACUACAAAGAACCAAAAGGGUGUCUCACACUGGGCUUAAUCCUGGGAUAAGACCCAUAUUAGUCCAGGGCCUGCUGUGGUGUUCGCCCCAAACAGUUUAUUCACACUUACAGUUCCUAAGCUGCAAAAUUAAUUCCUCAGUGGUUUGCAGUGUGAGGCACUUGCCCUAUUGUAGUGGUGACUUACAGAUUAACGCCUUGUGGACCGACUAAUCCUAACUGUAUUGCAGGUCUAUCCACACCUUUUUCAGGGUUGUCCCCUAUAAAGUCUUAAGGUGUGUUCAGACUGAGCCCAAAGCUGAUUUCAGAAGCAAUGCAAAUGCAAACAAAAUCAGUGGAAAGAUGUGAGUGGAUGUGAAGAGUUGCAGAUUCAGUCUAAGUAACGCAAAUGCUGAAAUGCUUCCAUUCGAGCAAAAAAUGUGCACUUAUCCUGCAGCUGUGUGACUCAGCUGCAGAGACAAUAAGACAAACUGAGGGGAAAAUAAGAGAGAACUGGAGUUCCUGUUAUGGUAAUGUUGCUACCAAGCUAACAGCAACAGCCCGUAGAGUUUGUCAAUGGGUAUUCAAGGCAACUAAUUGCGCAAUAAAGUGGGGGAAAAUGCUUCGUGCUCACUCUGAAUGCAUCUUUUAAGUCACUGGUGUGAAUCCGGGUUGGAACCAAAGCAAUCUCACCUAGCUGUUUGCUGUUAGCGUACUGAUUUUUGAGUGUGAAUAUUUAACCUGAGGCUUGAUGUAAACUCUGGGUUAAUGAGUCCAAGUGUGAAAUGAGGUUAAGCUAGCCCUGGGCUGCUUUUUGUUGCCCCUGCAGGGUUUAGGUCAACAGGCCUGAAAAUGUAAGUGUGAAGAGUCCUCAUGUUUCAUGGCCAAAUGAGAUCUGACAACCUUUUACAGUGGCGACCCACUGUGAGUAUGUGGUUGUUGGAGUGGCAUUUAAAACACACCUGGCAUUGCUGUGCACUUCAGGUGUGUUUGUUUAUACAGGAAUUAUUCUUAAAAUGAAACCUAUUCCAGUGGGGGGAUGCAGUGAGUAGAUAGCUGCUCUGGAGGCCCUGAAACGUCAGUUGCACUGCAGCUGCAUGAUAUUAACAGACAGUAAUAACACCAUGCAGCUGCAGCUGUCUGCUGUAAUUAUGUUUUUACAUCUAAUCUAAUGUCACUAGGCUGUAUACAAGUUUCACAGCACGGGGUUUACCCUUGACUCCAUCUGUGAUCACGUUUGAAAUAUAGGUACAUAUGUUUGUGUAAUGAUGUUAAGAGUGCGUUUUUUUUUCCCUGCAUGUUGUUACUGCACUGCAGCAGUUGUGAAUGGGUACAGCAUGUACACUUGAAGCAAAAAAACAUCACUUAUCAGUAUGUUUCACUUUGAUUUUUUAGUAGUUUCAACCAUUUGUUGAUCUAUUUUUCUGCAGAAACAUUUCGACCUGAGUUUCCCAUAUUUGUUGGUCAGUAUUUUCCCAUAUAUCACAGUGUAAUGCUCUAAAAAUCAAUACUUUGAUCAGCUCAGACGCACUACUUGGCAUUAAAGGUUUUCUAUGGAGUUUUUGACCACUAGUGGUGCUGUAGAGCAAGGUUGUUUUGAGGAGCAGGUCCACGAGGACGAAACACAACGCAGAUAAACUUCAGCUUUAAACCUUUUAAAGUUGAUGUAUUGAAGCUAACAUUUUGGGACAUGCUUACCUCGGAAAUGUCUGGUUACCCGAGUAACUCUCGCUCCCUGGGUACUGAGUGAAGUUCAAACUCCUCAGGUGCUUGCUGGGCUUUUCCUUUCAAAAACAGGCAAUACUUUUAAAUGACAGCGGCGAUAAAUGCUUUGCGAUAUCAAUUCAUUUCACAUAAUUCCCAUUACUUACGGUUGGUGGUAAUUUACUGCAACAUUAGCAUAUCAGACAUGACGGGUUUUUUUUCGAGCAUGAAGGUCAGUUUAGAAACAUGACCUGUUCAGAGAAUUAAACAGCAAGCAACGAUAAAACAUGAUCUAAUAAAUAAAUUGGAUUUGAGCAUAAGAUUUGCAGUAGAGCAUAUGUUGUUAAGUUAAUUUGAGGCCAACAUGCGUAAUGGAGUGAUACUAUUCCAAUCAACUCACUGUGUUUGCUUCGUUAACUCACUAAAAUGGUGUACACGUGUAAAACGAGGGUAACCACACUGAACCCCUACUGUAAGGAGAAUUCAGGGGAUUUCAAACCAGGUUUAUGCCAUGUGUGAACCCAGGAGAACAAAGAGGAACUGCAUUUAAGUUUUACACUUGAUGCAGUAUCUGCAUUUUCAGAGUAAUAGUUUAAAAAACCUUUGAAAUGAAAGAUUUUAAAAUAUUUUCAGAGGUGUUACUGAAUGUCAUGGCUUUGUUUUUGUGAAUGGGCUCGACAGGAUUAGUUUCAGGUCAGUGGGAAAUAUGAAUGUGUUGCAAUAAGAGCAGAUUAAUUGCUGAGGACGAGCGAUUGUUAAUGUUGUUUUAGGAGAAUUUUUAUCCACUGAACAAGUAUGGUGUGAGGUUGUUUGGUUCUUUUAGAACAAUCACUUAUUUUGUUAACGAGUUCUGAUGUAAUUUGCAUGAUGGUGUAAUUCACACAAGCAUCACUCUCCAGUGUAAAAUACACAUCAACCAACAGUCAGUCAGAAGCUGUAUAAAGACUGUAGAUAAUAUUUAUUUUAUUUGUUGCACUCCAGAGAUUGAUCACCUCGUUAGGUCUCACACUGAAAGACAUUGAAUUCACACACUGGUCUGCUCAGAAAAAAAAAAAAAAAAAAAGUAAUUUGUUUCAAUUAAAGAGGAUAUUUCUGUGUUGUUGAAUAUCAUCAGACUUCAAUGUGGGCAAUAAUUUUAACAGUGUUCCCUAACGAGACAGAAUAAACUACCUGUUGCAUGUAUGAUAAAGCAGAGGUGUAUGAUGUAAUCACAUGAGAAGGCUAGCAGCCUGACUCAAUCACUGUUUUUAGACAUUUCAGGAGCCACUUAAAUAUCACAAGUGACAUUUUAGGCACUUAAGGGACUCUACUGAGGAUGUCUGCUGUGGUUACAUGUAGAAUACACUCACCAAAAUGCAUUUUGUGGGUCAUCAUUUCAAUAAAUAUUUGCAGAAAUUUGCAAGGCCA